GAAGCUAGUGGGAGGAGAACAGGCCAAGGGGCUAUAUAACCUAACAGCUUUCAGAUUCACAGUAUACGGGUACCAGAGCAACUAUUCCCAGCCAAGCACAGUCAGGGGCUGUUUUUGUCUGAAAGGCCUGAGGACGUUGACAUAGAAGAUGUGCGAGGAAGAGGACAGCACUGCUCUGGUUUGUGACAAUGGAUCAGGACUUUGUAAGGCUGGCUUUGCUGGAGAUGAUGCUCCAAGAGCAGUUUUCCCUUCCAUUGUGGGUCGUCCCAGGCACCAGGGCGUGAUGGUGGGUAUGGGUCAAAAAGACAGCUACGUAGGGGACGAAGCUCAAAGCAAGAGAGGUAUCCUGACCUUGAAAUACCCCAUAGAACAUGGCAUCAUCACAAACUGGGAUGACAUGGAGAAGAUCUGGCACCAUUCUUUCUACAAUGAGCUGCGUGUUGCCCCUGAAGAGCACCCUACCCUGCUUACUGAGGCUCCAUUGAAUCCAAAAGCCAACCGAGAGAAAAUGACCCAGAUAAUGUUUGAGACCUUCAAUGUACCAGCCAUGUAUGUUGCUAUUCAGGCUGUUCUGUCCCUCUAUGCUUCUGGACGUACCACAGGGAUUGUGCUUGACUCUGGGGAUGGUGUCACCCACAAUGUGCCAAUCUAUGAAGGCUACGCCUUACCCCAUGCCAUCAUGCGUCUGGAUCUGGCUGGUCGAGACUUAACUGACUACCUCAUGAAAAUCCUCACUGAACGUGGCUAUUCUUUUGUGACUACUGCUGAACGUGAAAUUGUCCGUGACAUCAAGGAGAAGCUGUGUUAUGUGGCCUUGGAUUUUGAAAAUGAGAUGGCCACUGCUGCUUCUUCCUCCUCCCUUGAGAAGAGCUAUGAGCUGCCUGAUGGGCAGGUGAUCACUAUAGGUAAUGAGCGUUUCCGCUGCCCUGAGACGCUGUUCCAACCCUCCUUCAUUGGCAUGGAGUCUGCUGGCAUUCAUGAAACGACUUAUAACAGUAUCAUGAAGUGUGAUAUCGACAUCAGAAAGGACCUGUAUGCAAACAACGUCCUGUCUGGUGGCACUACAAUGUACCCAGGUAUUGCUGACCGGAUGCAGAAGGAAAUCACUGCUCUGGCUCCCAGCACUAUGAAAAUCAAGAUCAUUGCCCCUCCGGAGCGUAAAUACUCUGUUUGGAUCGGUGGCUCUAUACUUGCCUCCCUGUCUACCUUCCAGCAGAUGUGGAUCAGCAAACAGGAGUAUGAUGAGGCCGGCCCAUCCAUUGUUCACCGCAAAUGCUUUUAAUCCGCUUAUCUACAUAUUUUUCGCACAGUACUGUGAAUGUAUUCAGGAAGAAAUAUAAUUUCUUAUAAUUUCAUUCCAAAAUCUUUCAUACUAAUGGCGCUAAUUGGAUACUAUGUAUUUUUUGAAUAAAUAGUAAAUAUGCUCCUUAUAACCUCUUUUAUU